GCAACGCAACCUCACGCAGGCGUGUAAGUUGGAGAUUUACGCGCCAAAUCUACAUUGUGCAAUUGGUACUGUCAACGGUGCUGUGCAUGCCCAUGCAACUUUCUGUCAUGUAUAAGUGUUCAUAACAAAAUGUUUUUUCCGAAUAAAAAUAAGUUUCGUGCACCCAAAGCUCCAGUGAACAACAAAAAAUUUGAUCAGGAGCAAAAUGUACCGCGAGAGGAUUCGGCUGAAGGUCGCUUGCGGCAAUCUAAAGAAAAUGACAGAGUCGAUGAAUUGUACGGCUUUGUUCGAGUCACAGAUUCCAAAGAACGGACUGGUUAUUUGCUGAAUAUGCAUUCUACCGAGGUGAUAGAGGAUGAUAAAAGGCUGAUUAGUGCAGUGGACUAUUAUUUUAUGGAACAGAAUGGAACUCGUUUCAAAAUCUCCUUACCAUUCAAGCCUUAUUUUUAUGUACUAUGUCGUAAAGAUACUUUGCAAGAAGUCUCAACUUUUUUGCAUAAAAGAUAUAGCGGAUUUUUAUCAAAAAUUGAAACACUCUCAAAAGAAGAUCUAGAUCUGCCAAACCAUUUGAGUGGCCUCAAACAAAAGUAUUUAAAGUUAUCAUUCUCUAACAUGGUUGAUUUAAUGAAAGUUAGACGGGAGAUAAUGACAGCUGUGAAAAAAAAUAAAGAACGAGAAAAAACUAAAACAUACUACACAGAAAUGUUGGCCAAUUCUCUAAAUUCAAACGAACGUAAUCCUGUAAAAAAACUUUCUGAUCACAUGGACAAUUUACUUGAUAUUCGUGAAUAUGACGUACCCUUCCAUGUCAGGGUAUCCAUAGAUGCUAAAAUAUUUGUUGGAAUAUGGUACACUGUGAAGUCACAUGGUACAGAACCACCUAUAAUCAUACGGAGGGAUGAUAUCAUAGAGAGACCAGAUCCCAUAGUUUUAGCUUACGAUAUUGAAACCACUAAAUUACCUCUAAAGUUCCCAGAUGUUAAUACUGAUCAAAUCAUGAUGAUUUCAUACAUGAUCGAUGGACAGGGCUUCUUGAUCACGAAUAGAGAGAUCAUUUCUGCUGACAUAAAAAGCUUUGAAUAUACCCCAAAGCCAGAAUUCGAAGGUCCUUUUAGAAUUUUUAAUGAGCCAAAUGAAGAAGCUGUUAUCAGAAAGUUUUUUUCCCAUAUCAACAAAGUAAAACCACAUAUUUUUGUCACAUACAAUGGAGAUUUCUUUGAUUGGCCCUUUGUGGAGACAAGAGCAGCUAUACACAACAUGGAUAUGAAAAGCAAAAUUGGCUUCUCUCAGAAUAAAGAGGGAGUUUACACCUGUCGUCCCGCUAUGCAUAUGGAUUGUCUAUGUUGGGUCAAAAGGGAUUCAUAUCUUCCUGUAGGAUCGCAAAAUUUGAAAGCAGUGGCCAAAGCAAAAUUGAGAUAUGAUCCUGUUGAAUUAGAUCCUGAAGAAAUGUGUCAAAUGGCAUCCGAACAGCCUAAUGUCCUUGCCAGUUAUUCAGUGUCAGAUGCGGUCGCAACGUAUUAUCUGUACUUGAAAUAUGUGCACCCGUUUAUCUUUGCUCUAUGUACCAUCAUUCCCAUGGAACCAGAUGAGGUACUCAGAAAGGGAUCAGGGACUCUUUGUGAGGCACUGCUUAUGGUAGAAGCGUUUCAUGCAAAUAUCAUAUUCCCGAAUAAGCAGCAGGCUGAGUUAAACAAAUUAACAUCUGAUGGGCAUGUAUUAGAACAAGAAACAUACGUCGGUGGGCACGUUGAGGCACUUGAGUCGGGUGUAUUUAGAGCAGAUAUUCCUUGCCGUUUUAAAGUGGUACCAGAUGCAGUCAACAAACUCAUGGAUGGAGUUGAAAGAGCUUUAAAACAUUCUAUAGAAGAGGAGGAAAAAAUACCAUUGGAUAAAGUGACUAACUUCGCUGAAGUAGCUGAAAGAAUUAAAGAAAAACUAAGGGUACUUAGGGAUCAACCUUUGAGAAUGGAACACCCUGUAAUAUAUCACUUGGAUGUCGGAGCCAUGUAUCCGAAUAUUAUUUUAACUAAUCGACUGCAGCCAUCCGCAAUGGUUGAUGAAACUGUCUGUGCUGCAUGUGAUUAUAAUAAAUUCGAUGCAGUUUGCCAAAGGAAAAUGACAUGGAUGUGGAGAGGAGAGCACACACCCGCGAGUUUGAGCGAGUUUCAAAGAAUACAACAACAACUAGAGAUAGAAAAAUUUCCACCGCAAUUUCCUGGUGGUCCUCAAAGAGCCUUUCACGAACUUUGGCCAGCAGAUAAAGCUACAUAUGAAAAGAAACGAUUGGCAGAAUAUUGCCGGGUGGCAUAUAAAAAAACUAAGGUCACCAAAAUGGAAGAAAGGACGCAAACUAUUUGUCAGAAAGAAAACUCGUUUUAUGUCGAUACCGUCAGAGCUUUUCGAGAUAGAAGAUACGAAUAUAAAGCACUGACAAAAACUGCAAAACAGCAAGUUUCAGCAGCUAUAGCUAGCGGCGAUGCUGAACAAAUAAAAUCUGCAAAGAAUAUAGAAAUUUUAUAUGAUUCACUACAGCUUGCCCACAAGUGUAUAUUGAAUUCUUUCUAUGGAUACGUUAUGCGAAAAGGAUCACGAUGGUAUAGCAUGGAGAUGGGUGGCAUCGUUUGUUACACGGGAGCUCAUAUUAUAAAAAAAGCCAGAGAGAUAAUAGAACAAGUAGGACGUCCUUUGGAGUUGGAUACAGACGGAAUUUGGUGUAUUCUUCCAGCUACUUUUCCUGAUAACGAAGUUAUUACAACGUCACUACCAAACAAACCAAAAAUCACCAUAUCUUACCCUAACGCAGUGUUAAAUCUGAUGGUGAAGGAAGAGUUCACAAACCAUGUGUACCAUGAUCUUGUAGAUCCAGAAAACUUGGUUUAUGAAGUAAGAAGUGAAAAUUCAAUUUUUUUCGAAGUUGAUGGUCCUUAUUUGGCCAUGGUUUUGCCAGCAUCAAAGGAAGAAGGUAAAAAAUUGAAGAAACGGUAUGCAGUGUUUAAUUUCGACGGAUCUCUUGCCGAGUUGAAGGGAUUUGAAAUUAAGAGGCGAGGCGAGCUUCAGUUGAUCAAGAUCUUCCAAUCCUCUGUAUUCGAAUCCUUCCUCAAAGGCGACACUCUGGAAAAGUGUUAUGCUGCGGUUGCACAAGUCGCUAACCACUGGCUAGGGAUACUUUACUCGAAGGGUGCAAAUAUGCCAGACACAGAGCUGUUCUAUCUUAUUUCGGAAAACAGAUCCAUGUCCCGUAAACUAGAAGAUUAUGGGUCACUGAAAUCAACUUCAAUCUCAACAGCUAAAAGAUUAGCAGAGUUCUUGGGUGACCAGAUGGUUAAGGAUGCGGGUCUUGCCUGUAAGUUCAUCAUAUCCAAGAAACCUGAAGGCUCACCGGUAACAGAAAGAGCUAUUCCAUUAGCUAUUUUCCAAUCAGAUGCACACGUGAAGAGGUAUUAUUUGCGGAAGUGGCUCAAGGAUCCAUCUAUUCAAGAUGCUGAUAUAAGAGAUAUACUCGACUGGGGUUACUACAUCGAGAGAUUAGGAAGCGCGAUCCAAAAAAUCAUCACAAUUCCUGCAGCUAUGCAAGGGAUUUCAAAUCCAGUUCCAAGAGUCAAACACCCCGACUGGCUCCAUAAAAAAAUGCUGGAAAAAGAUGAUACCAUGAAACAGAGGCGUAUCAAUGAAAUAUUCGCCAUCCUGCCUAAAAAAACCAAAACCGCCCCUGAUUCUAGUUCUGACAAUUCAAAUGAUCCAGAUGCACCGGAUAUCAGAGAUAUAGAAGAUAUAGCAGGUGGUUCGGUUACAUUCAAAAAGCCAAUUACAAUGGUCAAUAAACGAAAGAGAGCAGUUUCUCAAGAAGAAGAGGACAACGAGUUGAGUAGGAGCUGGAAAGAUGUUCUUGGGCCAGUUCCACCAAUAGGGAAAACAAUGGAAGAAAAAAAGGUGUGGAUUCAGUAUCAAAAACAGAAAUGGGCGCAUCAAGCAAAGCAGAGAAUGGCUCGUCAACAAUCAAAAAGGAAAAGGCUGGAAGAGGAAGGUACUUCUCCCACUGGAAGUGGUGGUGUGGUAAGAAGGCUGAAGCCAACUACAGUCCAUGGUUUUCUACGUAGAGCUCAAAUGGCGCUGCUCUACACACCCUGGCAAAUAAUUGAAAUAGCCGAAACAUCAGAACCUGGAACUUUCAGACUGUGGGCACUAGUUGGAAACGAACUACAACAGCUGCGUCUUAUUAUUCCCCGGAUAUUUUAUGUGAAUACUCGUAAAGUUAGGAAUGAGCCAAAAGCUGGAGAAUUGUGGAAAAAGUGUUCCAGGAUAUUACCACGCUCUCGCACUAUGUAUCACCUGUACCAGUACUCUGUGCCAGAAAGUACAUACAAAAAGUACGGUGGCUGCCUUAUGGAGGAUUUGACAAGCCCUGAUAUAGAAGGAAUUUAUGAAACACAAAUGCCACUGCUUUUCAGAGCAAUUGUACAAUUGGGGUGCAUUUGUAUUGUAAAGAAUGAUGCUGCAUCAAGCAUUAAAAAUGGAACUGACACAUUUAAUCUGGAUCAACUACAGUACAAAAGUCUCACUUUUCAUCCAUACCUUGAAGACCAGAAAGCACUGAAACGUAUAUUUUUGUAUCACUACUCAUCCACAGUUGGGAAAAAAGCGAUGUGGGGCUUAUUUCUGGGUCCUGUAAAAAAAGCUCACAUAUUUGUUAUAGGCUCAGCUGAUACUAAUCAGAUGCCGAACAUGAAAACGAUUUAUAUUACGGAAAGGACAGCAAUAUUAAAAGGUGACAAGCCUGAUGUAGUCAAAGAUUUACCUGAGGAAAUCCAGUUCAGUGUCAGAGUCGAAAAGAACUUGAAGCAGGUUCAGAAUCUUCUGCAACAUGCCUUGGAAGCUUACAAGAAUGAGAAGAGAGGUCCAACUGUACUUGUUAUCCAAUCACCAAUGCAUUCCUCUGUAUUAUCAAGGCUUAUGCCUAUUCUAACUGAAUUUCCUAUGGUGAAUACCCAUGUGCAGGAUGUUGAGAAUUUGUAUCAAACUUUAGACUGGCAGAGAGUUGGUGCCAAGACAAUGAUACGUCACUAUCUAAAAUCCGAUGAAGUUCUCAACCUUAUAACGCAGCAGUGUCGCUACUUUCACAGUCCGAUUGGAAACCUACCUGCAGAUCCUACUUUGUUUGGUGCAGACUUGUUUUAUGCUAGACAUUUACAAAAACAUAACUUUGUUUUAUGGUGUUCACCAACAGAGAGACCUGACUUGGGUGGUAGCGAGAUGGAUGAUAACAGAUUACUGACAGAUUUUGAGGAGAGUUCGAACUGUGCAGCAAAUAACACAGGGACCUAUUCAAGUGUGUCUGUUGAGCUGGAUAUCGAAAGUUUGGCGGUGAAUGCUCUAUUGCAAUAUCAUCGUGUGAACGAACUGGAAGGCACUAGUACAUUUGUUGCCUUUGACAACACCCCACAAGUUUCACUUCAAGAAAUAGUUUCACGAGGAGCAAACGUUGCUACUAUACCCAGUUAUGAUGAGACAACUUUGUGCAGCGGGUCAUUUAGAGUUCUGAAAACCAUGGUCAAUGCAUGGCUACGAGACGUAUCUAAUCACAGAAACAUAUUCGCGGAUUACCAAGUCAUCCAUUUCUAUCGCUGGCUGAGAUCUCCCACUGCAUUACUGUAUGAUCCUGCCCUAAGAAGAAUACUACAUACCUACAUGAAGAAGCUAUUUAUACAGCUCGUUGCGGAAUUUAAAAGAAUGGGUUCAACUAUUAUUUUUGCAAACUUUAAUAAGAUUAUUCUAUGCACUAAAAAGACGCAGAUAUCGGAUGCUUUGAGCUAUACACAGUUCGUAGUCAACUCUAUAAAAAACAAAGAACUCUUCCACAGCAUAGAAAUAACGUACAAUCAGUGCUGGGAAUACCUAAUAUGGUUGGACCUACCAAAUCAUGCUGGCGUAAAAGGGAAAGUUCCUGAUGAAUUUGCCGUUAAUCAGAAUAAAGACAGUACACAAGCAUCAGGUGCAGAUACCGAAGACGACGACGAUGAUGGGCCGGAGAUAAUCAUGAACUGGAACCUCAUAGAACAUUUACCAGAGGAGGCGGCAUGCCAGGCAAGUUUUAGUGCGAUCAUAGCUGGAUAUAUAAGCGCCGUAUACCAGCAUAGGUCUGAAACAGACGCAUCAAAUGCAACACCCAGGCGAAGAAGAAACAGCACACUCAGCCAGACACUCACUGCACCUCUUGGGCUCGGUGCUUUUGAAAAUACUGCGCAGUUUGCAAAGAAACUCAUAUCAGGUGAAAUGUCUCAAAAAUUGUUUCAAAUCGCCCAAAAAAUCCGCAGGAAACUACCGGAAAAAAUUCUGACACCUGAGGAAUAUCCGUACGUCGAUUUCGGAGACGCUGAUUCAAAGAAAAUCAAUCCAGCUCUUGAACUAAUAAAAUCGAUCUGCAAGGUUCUAUCUCUAGAUACAGAAGUAGAAGAUGAAGUGCAUGCCCUGCAGAGAAAUGUGUUACGGUUAAUCGGAGUGGGAACUUUCAGCGAUAAAGCUGAAUGGUCUGAUCCCUGUGCAUCCCUAAUUUUACCUGAGGUAAUCUGUAAGGCCUGCAAUCACACACGAGACAUAGACUUGUGCAAAGAUAAUGAUCGAACAAUCGAACGUAACAGGCAUGUAUGGAAAUGCCCACUCUGUGAAACAAGCUAUGACAAUGCGGAAAUAGAAUUUUCACUCAUAGAUACAUUGAAUCGUAAAGCUAUGGGUUACGUUUUACAAGAUUUACAGUGCGGUAAAUGUAAUCAGAUUAAGAGAGAAAAUAUGAAUGAGUAUUGUUCGUGUGGUGGGGCGUACAAGUUGCUCAUCCCAAAAAAUGAGCUCGUUAAAUUUGCAAAAACUCUUAAAUCUAUUGCUAUGAAGUUUGAAAUGCCUGUUCUCAUUGAAACUAUCAAAAAUACUCACCUAAUGACCAGUUGAAUGGGACUGUUUCUAGCAAACGUCGUUUGUAGAAAUGAUUUGUUGAUUUUAGGCUUAAAAUUUAUGUAUAAUAUUUUAUUAAAUCAAUCGCGUUUUCAACAUCA